AUGGAUACUAUGAAGUGGUUCUUUCAUAAUGAUAUACAAGGUACUCAUUUAUUAUUCGAAACCUUUCAAUUGGAAAACGGAUGGAACCUUCUUGCUAGUUAUAUAUUCAUCGUAUUUCUUUGUUGGUCUGAACGUGGUUUAACUUAUUAUCUCGAUCAACUUGAAUACAAUAAUACAAGAUCUAGAUGGAGAAAAAUCAUAACACGAACUUUACUCUAUGGAUUGGUUACUGUCUUUCGUCUUUGGUAUAUGUUGAUUACAAUGUAUUUCAAUAUUGGACUUUUUAUUAUGGUGGUUGUGUCACUAUGUUCUGGUCAGUUAGUCAUAGAAGUCCUCAAGUCUUCAACAAAUACACGAUAUGCAAACUAUGAUCAACCUCAAUAUGAAAAUCAAAAACAUCUUGGCAAUAGUUUUGAAGAAGAAGGAGAGCAUGAUAAUUUAGAUCGUCCCUUACCAGAAACUCCUUCUUUUGAAUAUACUGCUUCAACCGCUUCCCUUCAUCCUAAAUAA